GGAGCCUUGGUUUCUGCUCUUGUCUUUAGCCGAAUUCCGUAGGGCGGCGGGAAGCAAGGAUGCUCAAGCCGCCGUUGAGCUUGCCAAUGGGGAGCAGUCGCGCACAGGAUAGGCGGCACAGAAUCACUUUGCUGCCACAUGCUGUUGGCACUACUGCAUGUACGUUGUCUGCGUUUGCAAAUAUGUACGAUGCUGCGAGCCUUGAUGCUAUUGGCAGCACUAGUCCUUGCAGUUUAAUCCUUGAAAAUCAGCCGAUAACGACUCGAUCGUCGGAUGGGACGGGACCUCGUCUGGACUCUGGGUUCUGCAGCUCGGGAGUCUCUCGUUACUCUCUAAGCAGCUGCUGAUGCAUGAAAGCUACUACUACUAGCACCACUGUAGGUAGUAGUAGGUCACACAUAUCAAUGAUAGAUAGAUAUA